AUGGCGAUAUCAAAUGGCGAAAAGGUUCAUCCUGACGAUGUUGUGAAUGCAGAGAAGAGGAAUGUUUAUCUCAAAGUAUCCAUUCUAAAUAUUCUUGAGAUAGACACUCUGAAGGAGACCUUUACGGCAGACGUGUUCUAUCAGGCAAGAUGGAGAGAACCCAAACUAGAUGGGAAAAAGGGAGGCGAUAAAAUAGACUGGUCGUCAUACUGGAAUCCAAAGAUCUUUAUAUCUAACGCCAUCUCACAGAAAGACCACGACAAGUGGUGCCUUUUACAAACGGAAGAAUCAGGAGAAACCCAUAUCGUAGAGAAAAGUCGACUGGUGGCAACCUUCACAGAGAGCAUGGAGUUAGCGCUAUUUCCUUUCGACAUACAGGAUCUAAACAUUUUCAUAACGACAGAGCUGUCAGACGCAGAAGUUGGAAUUUUUGAAGACGAUCGAGAAAUUUCAAGUGUUCAUACUGAGAUAUUUGCCAAAAGACAAGAAUGGAAGAUUUACGAAUUUGUUCACUUUACCCCUAAAGAUUUAACCCAAGAAUAUGCCAAUAAAAAGUUUAAAAAACCAGGAAUGCACGUUUUCUGCAGCGCUGGGAGAAAACCGGGCUUCUUUGUGUGGAACGUCAUUGUGCUUAUGUGCAUCAUCAGUUCCCUGUCUCUGGCUACGUUCGCUGUGAACAGGAGUAAAGUGGAGAAUCGUCUACAAUUAUCUAUCAUGCUUGUCCUCAUCACAGUCACCUUUAAAUUUGUCACCAACCAAGUUAUUCCCAAAAUAUCCUACGUGACACAUCUGGAUCGGUACAUCAUUGGAAGCACGAUGUUUCUGUACCUGGUGGCUAUGUGGCAUGCUGCCUCCCACGCCAUUAUUACCGACUCCACCGCCCUCAGUGACGUGGAUCAGUACGCCUUCUAUGCCUUUUGCGGCCUGUUUGGCUUUAUCCAACUUUUUUUCGCGCUCAUAGUCAUUUUAAGUGGUUCAACAAGGCGGUACAGAGUUAACAAGACAUUGCAGCAAUACAAUAGGAAACGAGCUGACAUCAUGAAUAGUGGGGACAUUAUCAAGACAUCAAAGACAGGCACAUUGUUUAAGAAAAAUGCUCAAGACUGCCUAUAGCACUGAAUGAGCACGUCCUUGAGAUAUGAUGCAGAGGAUCUUCUUGUGAUGAAUUAAUGACGUUCAUUGAUUUGCCUGUUCAAAAACAUAUCAAAUUUAUAAACAUAUUUACAUAG